AUGGACGACCAACAACCGGCGGCGCAGGCGAUGCCUCCGCCAUCCCUGCCACCUCGAGUCCCGUCCGGAGACUCGCCGGUCGCCGGAGAGGCAUCUCCGAGCGCCGGCCCGAGCCAUUCGGGCCCUGGGAGGCAGGUACGCCCGCGCCGCUCCGUACGCCCAUCGGCCAAGUCGCUGCAGGCUCGCGAGAACUCUCCCGGGGCUUGGGAGCAUGGCGGACGAGGUCAGCGUUCCACGCGCACUCCGACGGGGAAUCGGCCGCAGAUCAAGCUCAAGAUGCGUCAGGCCGGUGGCGCAGCCGGAGGGCUGGGUCAAGGGCCCAAGACGAAGCCGUACAUGCAGGGCUUUGAUCGCGAGCUCGACAGCGAAGAUGACGAGACGGGCGAGGGCCUGGCUUUCGAGGAGCAGCUGAUACUGCGGAUGCCAGAGGGUCCUCAGUGCGACAAGCUGCGAGAGGCCGUUGCGAAACGACAGAUCGGCGACGACGUGUGGUUCAAGUUCAAGGACUCUCGUCGCGCCGUCUUCCACGCCGGUGAUGCGCUGUUCUCGGCGAAAUUGGUGGAUCUGCCUUCGAUCGUCGAGUCGCACAAGACGCUCGACAAUCGUCAAUUCUUCAAGAUCUCGGACAUUUCGCAGAUGCUGCUGAUCGAGGACCAGAUUCAGGACGAGACGCAGGCCUCGGGGUCCUCUUCCGGCAGAGGCUUUGACAUCAACGACUUUAUCUACCCGCAUGGCAUCACACCCCCGAUGAAGUGGGCCCGGAAACGCCGCUUCCGCAAGCGCGCGCCGAGGAGAGCCAUCGAGACCGUCGAGAAGGAGGUCGAGCGCCUGCUCAAGGAGGACAAGAAGGCGGAGCAGGUCGAAUACGAGAUCUUUGACGCGGCCAACGGCCUGCCGCCGGAUCUCGAGGACGAGGAGGACGCCGAUGCGGCGGGCGAGGAAGACGAUGACGACGGCCGAUCCGUCUCGGCUUCAGUCGCCGGAGCCACUUCCGUCGCCGACACACCUCGGCCCGUGGGCUCGGACGACGAGGCGACUCAGUUCGGCGAGGGCGAGGAGGUCGACGGCUCGCAGAUGGGCGACUACGAUCGCGAGGCGAGGCACGGCGGCGAUGGCUACGACGAUGAGGACGACGUCGACGAGGACCUCGCGGCUGAGCUGGACGCUGCGCUCGAGGAGGAGGAUGAUGCAGAGUCGGCGCGCUGGGCCGGCAGCGAGGCGCAGAGCCGUGCCAGCGACCAGGAGGACCUCUGGGACGACGAGGACGACGACGAUGGGGACGACGAUGACGAAGAGGAGGGCGACGAGGACGAGAACGAUGACGAGAAGGAGGCCCGCGUUCGAGAGGCGCAGCUCGAAGCCGAGUGCCGGGAGAUCGAGGCGCUCGUCCGCAGGAAGCAGGCCGACGUCGACAGCACGAUGAACAUGAUCAUCAAGAGCCGGCACCAGCAGGCGCUACGAAGGCUGACGACCGAGAGGGACAUCAAGCGCGGCCAACUCGCGGACGUCAAGCAGGCGCGUCGCGAGAAAAAGGAGGCCAAAGCUGCCGCCGCCGCGGCCGAGGAGGAGGCGGCGGCGGCGGAGCAACAGCAGCAGCAGCAGCAGCAUGGCUCGACGCCGCAAGACGUGCCACCGGGCGUCCCCACAGUGGGCGUCACCAGCGCCACUCCAGGCGCAGAAGAUGGCGGCCGUGCGUUCGCAUCGGGCUCGCCCGAGAGGCAGCAAAGAGCGGCGCCUGCCGCCCGUCCGAGCAUGCCGCCACCCGCCUUUCCCGCCAGUCGAUCGGCCACUGCGUCUGUCGCGCCGGUGCCCAUGGAGGUCGAUACACCUGGCGAUGCGGAUCAGGACAGGAGCGUAGGCGGUGCAGGCGCGGACGGGGACGAUGACGGGGACGACGAUGGCGAUGCCGACGACGAUGACCUGUGGGACGACGGCGAUGAGGCGUAG